AUGGGAAAACUGCAAAAUUACCGAGCGAAAAAGCACGGAGUGUGAGGGGUUAAUGAAGUGAGAGAUGAGCUGUGAGCGGUGACAUCAUGGGGAGAUGUGUAUAAAACAGGGUCUCAACUCCAGAGACACAGAGAGAGAGACACAGACACACACAGCGGCUCAUAGCUCAAAGGACUUGGGGCACCUUUUGAAUUUCUUUCAUUAUUCUUUUUGGAUUUUCUCAUUCCUUCUUUUUCGUUUUUUGGAUCCUUUUCUGUUUUUUUUAAUUAUCUUUUUCUUUUUUUGGUAUUUUCGUUCUGUUUAUUUAUUUAUUUAUUUAUUUUGCGAUGAUGGAGCAGUCCGGUCGGAGGGCUCUCUACUUCUCUUUCCUUCUGUUUUCAUCCCUCGUUCAAAUUCACUGCAGAGCGCUGAAUGGACCCAAACUGCAGCUCCUGGCCCGCCUCAUAGAGAAAUACAGUGACCUCUUGACCGCUGAUGACCUUUCCGAGGACAUGUCGGGCGAGCACAUAGAGAGUGAGAAAUUAAGGGUCAAGGUCAAAGAGCAGAAGAUGUGGGUGGAGCCCCCCACAGCCAAUGAGAAGGCCUGGCUCCGCCUCCUCAGAGGGUCUCUGGCCAAUAGGAAGUGGGAACCGGUGGACAGGCUGAAAAAGGGCUGGGCCAGGGGCUGCUUCGGACUCAAACUCGACCGGAUUGGCUCGAUCAGUGGGCUGGGCUGCUAGGGACUGGCUGAGACUGUGUGAUAUGGCUAGGCUGUGUACCUGUCAUUCAGCGCGGGACUUGGGUCAACUGCACUGCUGGAGUCUGUUCGGUCAAUUCUGAGGGAUUUGUUAAUUAUUAUUAUUAUUAUUAUAAUUAUUAUUAUUAUUAUUAUUAUUAUUAUUAUUAUUAUUAUUUAUUGCACCUGGUCAAUACUGGUCUGAGCAAAAACAGCAGCAGAGAAUGAGAGAGAGCACACAUUAAAUAUGAUAUUAUACAUGAAAUGAUGGGAAAUAUAGAUGAUAACAAGCAGCCCUUUAAGAAGGAGCAGUGAUUAGCAUUCUAAAGGCUGGGACAAAAAUGGCAGGAGGAUUGCGAUCCAGAGAAAUAAAAGAAUGAUUUAAUGAUUUUUUAAAUUUAAAUAAUAAUAAUAAUAAUAAUAAUAAUAAUAAUAAUAAUAAUAAUAAUAAUAAUAAUAAUAAUAAUAAUAAUACAUUAGAUUUGAUUAAUACUAUAUAUUAAACAGAAGUCUGUUUCAUCUUUGAAUGUAGACUGUAGUUCAGUUAGCCUGGGAGAUCUCAAGGUUAGGUCAUAGAAAGUGUUUUUUUUUGUACUGAAAAAUAAAAUCAAUUGAAAUGAAAUAAUAAUAAUAAUUGAA